UGUCAGACUAGCGCUCCAAGCUACUGUCAGGACGGUGCUAAAAGGACUCACUCUUGGACUAGAUCUGUAAGGGGACACAGUCUCACAAGAUGGCGGACGAUGAGCGAGAGCUGGAAAACUCGGAGCUGAUCAGUGCAGCUGACAAGAAAGACACACGGGGCAAGGCUAUAGACUGGAGCAGGUUUGGCCUGAGUAAAGACCCGCAACCUGGGCAGCAGAUCAAGUCCUACUCGUCCACUACCAACACGGCUGAGGCUGGUCUGGUUGGAGGGGACAUUGGUCAACAGAACGAACUGUACAGGGAAGAACAGGUGUCAUCCCAACCGUGGUGGAAGUCCAACUUUUUCCUCUCCCAGCCAGUGCUGUUUGGGACCUGGGAUGGUGUGUUCACGUCAUGCCUCAUCAACAUCCUUGGUGUUGUCAUUUUCCUCAGAAUGGGCUGGAUUGUGGGCAAUGCAGGCAUUGGUUUGUCUAUUGUGACAAUUCUGUUUGGGGUGUCCAUCAUUUUGAUUGUGGCCCUCAGUGCUAUUGGGGUGUGUGAGAGGUGCAAGGUUGGGAGUGGGGGCGUGUACUUCCUGAUCUCACACAUUCUUGGAGCGAGGAUUGGGGGCAGUAUAGGUAUCAUAUACUGCUUUGCUCAGUCUGUGGGUUGUUCUCUGAGCGUGAUGGGUUUUGGGGAGUCUAUUAUGAACCUCAUACAGCAGGAUAAUCCUUGGAUAGCUCGUGGCAUUGCGUUUGGUGUUGUCUUGCUAUUGUUAGGUGUCAAUGUGUCAGGGGUCAAGUGGGUCAUUAGGCUCCAGCUCCUGCUGCUACUGGUGUUGUUUCUGUCCAUCAUGGAUUUGUUUGUUGGUUCCUUUGUCCAUACAUCUCCAGUGAAUGGAGUCACAGGAUACAACGAUGUCAACUUUCUCAACAACUCUGGCCCAGACUACAGGAAUGGUGAAAACUUUUUCACCAUUUUUGGCCUUUUCUUUUCAACCAUCACUGGUGUACUGGCAGGGAUCAACAUGAGUGGGGACUUGAAAGACCCAUUUCACAACAUACCACAGGGAACUCUGGCUGCACUGGGUGUUGGAACCUUCUUGUACAUGUCACUGGUUCUGGUGCUUGGCGCCACCUGCAUGAGAGCUUACCUUAUAGCAGACUACAUGAUAGCUGAAAAGGUUUCCAUAGUAGGAGUGCUGUGGCUAGCUGGACUAUACCUGUCCUCUGUGUCUUCUUGUAUGGGCAGUUUGUAUGGACCUUCUAGAAUUCUUCAGUCUAUUGCUAAUGAAAAUGUUAUCCCUGUUAUAAAGUUCCUAGGCCAUGGGCGUGGACCAAACAAAGUCCCUCUGUUCGCUCUUCUCUCCAUCACCGUGGUGACGAUUCUCUUCAUCUGUGUCGGUGACGUCAACUCCUUAGCCCCUGUUGUCACGACAUCUUUCCUGCUGACCUAUGCUGCGGUGGACUACUCCUACUUUGUGCUGGCUAUGAGUUAUGACAAGAGACAGAUGCGUGAGGACAGGUACCAGAGGAGUCAUGAGGAUCAGCAGAGAAGAGACAGCGUAGGGAGCAAUGCCUCUAAUGGUUUUAUACAUGCAGAGAAACCAGUGGACAUUACUUUAAACAAAGAUUCUCUGGAGAAAUUUGCUGGUGACCUGGACAAGCUGUUCCCUGAGCGUUUGACACACAAGGGGCAAAGGUUAACGAACCAACCUGAUCAUGACAGCGCAGUUACCACCCCUGAAGCAGAUUUUGACGCCACAAAAACCAAAUUUGAUCCUGAGAAUCUCCACGCUGGGCAGCCAGAGGAUUUGUCUGACACUUCACGUUUGUUGGGUGUUAAGAGAAUGCCUAACACAGAGAUCACACAACAACCCAGGUCAUGGUAUGCUAUGAUGUGUAACAGAUGGCUCUCUCUUAUAGGGUGUUUGGUCUGUAUUGUGAUAAUGUUUACAACACAAUGGAUCUUCGCCCUUAUAGAGAUUCUAAUAUUCUUCCUAAUUUAUUUCUAUAUCGGAAAAGCAAGUCCUGGUUAUUUUCCUGGAAUAGCAGAAUUCAACUUUUAUGAAUGGCUAAAAGAAUUGUUUAACAGAUGCAGGAGAGGCUAUGUACCUAAAGAGCACAUAAUAGUUGCCCCAAAAACCCCAGCGUUGCAAACAACAGCUUCCCAGUUGACAGAAGACAAUGCAGAUUUUGCCAGUAGGGAGCGCUACCAUCAGUCAGAGGUCAUGCAGGGAGAGAACUUUGAUGAUUAUGACAGUGAUGGGCAGAAAUAACUAUUUUAGUAGAAGAUGAAUACAACAGCUGUGCUGUGAUGUAAGACACCCAUCUGUCAAACCAGAGCUACUCACAUGCAAUGAAGUCUACAGGGAUCACAAGUUGAUUAAUUUUAAUUAAUUAACUAAAAUCGAUACAAAGUGUUAUUGUAUUUAAAUUUGUAUCCGUUUUAUAAAUAUGUGAUACUAAAUUCAUCAUUUUACAAACAUUUUUAAAAUUAGUAACAAAUUUUCCUAAUUUUAAUUUUUACCUUCUGUUCUGUUAACAGAUUAUUUAUUGAAAACAAAACUUAAAGAACAAGUCACAGUAAUGGCUCAUGGUUUUGUUUUAAAAAUCAUAUUAACCCUUUUGCUGCUAAGGACUAGUACACAACAUGAGGACUACACUUAUUUUAAAUUGUGUUUAAAGAUGCUUUGUGUAUUAGAAGAAAACAUAAUCUCAUUCUAUAGCUAUAAUUAUAUUAAUAGUUUUUAGAUGCAUUUGCUUUUUUUAAAACUGUUAGUCAAAAGUAUUGAAUUUUGUGAUCCAGUUGACAUAUUGCAUGGUUUUGUUAUUCAAACAAAAAGAUACAGAAUGACAUCAAGUUCAUCUGAGUCUCUGUAAAUGAGACUGACUUAAAACACUUAAGUGAUCAAUGAUAUGAUGCAUUUAUUUGAUAUCAUUGUUGUGGUGAUUUCAUUUUGUUUUCAGUGGCAAGGCUCAAGA